GGUUCUGCCUCUUCAUUUGAGGAUGAGCAUUGGUUAUCUCAACCACACUGACAGUGACAAGUGACAGCACUGAGAGUCAAGUGUUGGCAGACCCGGUUGAGUGGCGACAUCUGAAGCAAUGAGAGCCUCAACCAUACUGGACCUGGUGGGGCUAGUCCUGCUGACCUUCGCAGGUACCACAGGUCUCCCCACGGACAUAGCGUCCGGCCCGACAUUUCCCGCCUCCAUCUCGUCCAGUUACAAUCCCGACUGGUCACUUCCGGCCGCCCACCCCGCCCCAACCCAACCUCUGGAGCCCACAGCGACCGACCCUCAGGAGCCAUCCAUCUUCGAUCCGUUCAACGAUUUUGAUUGGCCUUUGUUCCCGAAUUCUGCCGCUAAUGAUCAGGGCCGCACACUCUCCCCAGACAUCAGUCCUUCUCCCUCCAGCUCUUCCCCAGAACCGAGUAGCGCUGAACAAUCGACCACACAACGCACCACGACAACCCCAACUCCUGAGCCAACUGAGGCGGUUCCGGAUAUAACGGGCAGCUGUAAGAAGCAGAUGGACUUGCUGUUUAUCCUGGACUCAUCGGCCAGUAUGAGCGAAAAGGACUUCAAGAAGGAAUUGGACUUUGCUGCUCGUAUUGCAGGCGAUCAAAGAAACGCCCUUCAAGAGAGGACUGACGUUCACCCACAUGGCUUUGGAGUCGACUCGUGUGGACACCUUCACAGACGCCUGUGGUUCACGACCUGACGUUCCUCAUGUGGCAAUACUUGUGACGGACGGGAAGUCCACUUUUCCCUCGAGCACACGAGCCCAGGCGUCACAGCUGAAGUCGUCAGGGGUGAAGGUCAUUAGUGUGGGUGUGGGUGACGAGGUGGUCCAGGCAGAGCUAGAGAGUAUAGCGUCCAGCAGUCAGCUGGUCUUCACAGUGACCCGCAUGCAAGCCUUGUCAGGGAUCAAACAACAGAUCUUUGAUGACGUCUGUACUCUAGGGGAAGAGAGCAUCCCAG